GUGGGGUUGUUGCUCUCCUACCUCCCUUCUCGCCCCUCUCAUUCAUGCUACGGGUAACAAAGAGGAGACAACAACAGGGGGAUAAUGGGAGCUCAGACAACAACCCUGACAGAGAAACAAUAAGAAACUGACCCGCUUUGCUUUUUACGUCGUGGAUAAUUUUAACAGUAUAUUUAAGUUUAAAGUACACUAACGUAGCUGCGCCCCGGACCGAUUUUAACCUAAAGCUUUCUUGCUUGGAAAAGCUAACUACAGUAUGUUUGACUGCCAACACUAAAGCCGAAUGACUGAAGAGAAACAUCCAGACAUGUCUGAAUAAUACUGGUGAUGAUGACAUGCUCACAUUGACCUUUGCCCUCAAAGCCUGACCUCUGAUUGGUCAGGUCUUAGAGUGAGACACAACAUAAGAGAAGACCAGCUCCAGCUAGCAUGUCUGUCCAGGAAGCAUCCCAAAGGCCCAUGUCGCCCUCACCUUUCAAACCUGAGGUCAAACAGAGACCAGAGAUCCCCCCGAAACCACUAACACAACCAGGCUCCCCUCCUCUGGGAGACAGAGGCAGCGGGAAGAGCCACACCGGUGGGAAAGUCAAAAGGAUUGUGAACAAAUUUAGCAAACAGGAAUCUGCAUCAAACGACCCUGAAGAACAAGCCACCAAUGGUACCUCAGAACUCACGCCAGGUAAGCGGUUCAAAAGGCUGCCUACAAUAAAGCCCAAACCAAACCGCUCCAGUCUGCAGCUUCAGAUAAAGGGAGAGCAGGCGCCUCCGCUGCCUGUGAAGAGGAGCCGCAUCCUGCAGAAACAGAAGGAGAUUGGAGGAGCAGAGGAGGGGGAGAGCAUCAGUGUGGAGGGAGGUCGAUCAGCACCUGAUGGUAAGGAGGUGGAGGUUCAGCCGAAUGGAGGAGGGGAGGCAGAAGUGCAGCACAGUCCAGAUGCCCCCCUCAGCCCCUGCUGCGACCCGAGCUGCAGCUGCGUGUGUCACCUCCAGCGGCCCGGCAUGAAGCUGGUAUGGGUGCCUGUGGACGCAGAAGAGGAUGAGGAAGAGCAGAGGGGGGAGGUUGAGGAGGAUGGGGAGGACUGGGAGGAGUAUGAGGAGGAAGAGCGAGGAGGGGAGGGAGACAGUGAGGCAGAGGAUGAGGUGGACGGGAUCUCUGAGGGCGAUGAGGUCGAGGCGUGGAAACAAAAAAAGGCAAAGUUCAACCAGUGUUUGGACGUUCUGAUCGGCGAGGGGAACAGGCGGCGGUCAGACCCGGGGCCUCACAGUGUCUUCACCACUCUCGCUGACACGCGCUCUCAUUCUCCCCCUGUUCCCCCGAAACAAGCCACAAACAACCAGGCACCCACCCAAGACAAAGAAGAAGACAAUAUUUACGAGGCCACGCUUCUAGUGGUUGACCCCGCCACUAAAAAGACCACACCCAUGUGUAAGGAGCUGGAUAUUCCUCUGAUCAGGGUGCGUAAACCGGCCCGUCGGAGUAAACUGUCCUCCAGCACUUCAGACCCUACAUCUGAGUUUCAGACAGACAGCGAACCCAUCUCGAGCCCACAAAACGAGCCGCCCGCCAUCCCGCCGAGGAUGCCUCUGAAUCCAGACAGCCGCAGCCUCACGCCGGUGCACAGAGGAGGCAUCCCUCUCCCUCAGCCCACCCUGGAGGAGUGGCGCAGCUUGCGGCCUUCGUCACCCACGGGCUCCACUGCUAGUGGGCUGAGCCCCCAACGAGCCGUGACUCCACCCCCAGCGAGCUCCCUCGUGCCUCAGAGACCCCCACCUCCACCGCCGAAGACAGACCCCAGGAGGCUCAGCAGUGCCUCAGUGCAAUCUCUAACACAGAAGAAAGAAGGAGAGGAGAAUGGAGGGAACGAAGGAGAAAAAGACGACUUUCUUGAUGAACUGAAUAGUUCCCUCAGGAGGGAGACUUUGUUCAGCUGGGAGUCCCGCCUGCAGGAUGAGCCUCUGUACCAGACGUACCGUGCCAGCGUCAUCACCAAGGAGAUCCGACGUCAGACAGUUUGUCGUAACAUCAGUAAGACUAGUGUGGACUUUGCUAUGGACAUGAACGCCCGUCGCUCUGGGACCGGUGCUGGUACUCAGACUGGAAAUGGACAACCCAAGGGCAGCCCCGGUCAAACACUAGCCCAGAGCACUCUGUGGCAGGACCUCCCAAACGUACGGGAGAGUGGAGUGCUGGAGCAGCUCACCUCUGAUCAGUGCAAGUACCAGGAGAGUAUGUUUGAGGUUUUGACAUCAGAGGCCUCUUAUCUUCGAUCCCUGCGAGUCCUGACCGAUCAUUUCCUGAACAGCCGGGAGCUGGACGAGACGAUCAUCAUCAGGGACAAGAAAACCCUCUUCUCCAACAUCCUGAGGGUCGAGGAGGUCAGCGAGAGGUUCUUGAAAGACUUGGAAGAACGCAUAUUCAAGGAUGUGGUCUUCCCUGACAUCUGUGACGUUAUCCACUACCACGCCCAGCACAAGUUCCCCGUCUACAUCGACUAUGUUCGCAACCAGAUCUACCAGGAGAAGGCCUUCACUGAACUCAUGAAGAACAACGUGCAGUUUGCCGCAGUCAUCACUCGUCUCCAGGAGUCGCCUCAGUGUCAGCGGCUGCCCUUUGCGUCCUUCCUGUUGCUGCCCUUUCAGCGAAUAACACGCAUCAAAAUGCUCAUUGAGAACAUCCUGAAGAGAACAAAGGAGGGGACAAACGAGGAGAAGACCGCCUCUAAGGCUCUGGCUUCUGUGACCAAGAUCAUUGAAGAUUGUAAUACUGAGGUCGGAAAGAUGAGACAGGUGGAGGAGCUGAUCAGUGUCUCUAAAACACUGGAUUUUGACAAGCUCAAGAACAUCCCAAUCAUCUCUCAGAAUCGUUUCCUGGAGAAAAAGGGAGAGCUGCAGGAGAUGUCCAAAGGGGGGACUCUCUUCAACAUGAGGGCCAAGUUCACGCCCGUCCACCUCUUCCUCUUCAACGAUCUGCUGGUCAUCGCUGCCAAGAAGGGUGCAGAGCGUUUUGUGGUUCUCGACCACGCCCACCGCUCUCUGGUGCAGGUGCAGCCAAUAGAUGAAGGCGGGAGCAGCGGCGGCCCCUACGAGAACUGCUUCAAUGUCACCCUGCUGGAGAACCACCAGGGACGCAUGAUGGAGCGGCUGCUCAAAGCUCCCUCCCAGUCAGACAUGCACAGGUGGAUGGCUGCUUUCCCCAACCCCACCAACCCCGACAGACAAGAUGACGAAGUGAUUUAUGAAGACUGGGACUGUCCUCAGGUGCAGUGUGUGGAGCCGUACGUUGCUCAGCAGGCAGACGAACUCACCCUGGAGCCCACUGAAAUCAUCAACGUCAUUCGCAAAACCAACGAGGGCUGGUAUGAAGGGAUCCGACUGUCGGACGGUCAGAAGGGCUGGUUCCCCGUAGGAAACGUCAUCGAGAUCACCAACGAGCACGUGAGGAGGCGAAACCUCCGGGAGCGCUACAGGGUCAUGCAGGCUGCCAGCCUGGUCACAAACAGCAAGGUCCGCACCCUUAAUUAGGGUCGAUGGAUCACAGAUGUUUACAUUUAAUCAUUUUUAAAAGGACGAUAAAUGGAAAAAAAAGACUAUUCAGUGACGUUAUUAGUUGCCAGUUUCUACAAACCAGGAAAUGAAAGAUAAAAGGAGAAGGGUGAUAUCAUGAAACAUCAUAGCAGAACUUAUUUAAACUACUGGAGUGCGUGUCAAGCAGCUGGGAACUUGACGUGGAUCAUAAAGAAACUAUGUGUGGUUUUGCAUUCAGUAAGAGACCGGCAUCAUCCAGCGUUACAGCUGUGGAGUUUACCUCAUGUUGUGAGCAUGUAGCCCUGCGUUAACGUCUCCUCCUGCACUGCCGUGGAACCAGCAAACUGAUAUGCUAAUCAUUCUAGCCAUAGCUCAUAUAGAAAUGUCACACCUGCUGAGAGAGAUGGGCGUUCCUGUAAAUGCCUCUAGUGUCAAAGUCACGACGCAAACAUGCACAGCAGCCUGGCGGGUUUCACCAAGGCUGCUUGAGCACAGGAUGUGAUAUAAAAUGAAAGACUGCCUGACUGAGAGAUUCAACAGUGUAAACAUUUAAAAAGGAAUCUCAUCAGAAGACAAACCUAUAAAGAAUCUACUCCAUCAGCACAUUUGAAUCAACACACAGAGCAUAUCAAGCACAAGAGCUUUGAAAAUACAUGUAAAUGGUGGCUGAGCUUUGUGAUGUUUCAGUAGCUUGUUUGCCUGCGUCACUAGCCAUUGUGGAAUAAUACUGUAGCUCCCCCUGCAGCUUGUUGUCGGUGAAGAGUGUGUAUUAUUUGUGCAUAAACUGCAAAUGUACAGUAUGUUGUAAAUAAUGAGUGGGGGGAUUCUUUCCUUCAGAACACUAGCAGUGCUUUUAAUAAAAACUUUGUGUUUUUUUUUUAGCUACAGUUUCUAAGUAA